AUGUUUCUAUUCACGUCUUUAAUUGUUAUAUUUGGACUUAUUGGAGCCGAUGACCCAUUACGUCCACAAUAUCAUUUGAUGCCUGUUAAAAAUUGGCUCAAUGAUCCAAAUGGGCCUGUAUACUAUAAUGGUUAUUAUCACAUGUUUUUUCAAUAUAAUCCAAAUGCUGCUAUAUGGGGAGAUAUGCAUUGGGGUCAUUCCUAUAGUAAAGAUAUGAUCCAUUGGAUUCAUUUACCUAUAGCACUUGCACCUGAUCAAUCAUAUGAUAUAAAUGGAAUAUUUACAGGAAGUACAACUAUUGUUGAUGGUACUCCAAUAAUUAUUUAUACAGGCAUAACAAAUGAAAAUAGACAAGUACAAUGUCAAGCAAAACCAGCUAAUAUAUCUGAUCCAACGUUAACAAACUGGACAAAAUCUACGUUAAAUCCUUUGAUUACAUAUCCAAAUGGACGUGAUCCAUCAACAGCAUUUCAAGAUAUUGAAAAUAAUUAUUAUUUAAUAUAUGGUUAUGGUACAGAAGAAUUAGGUGGUCAAGCUGUAUUAUUUACUUCAAAGAAUUUUUUAAAUUGGACAUAUUUACAUCCAAUACAUAGUAAUCAAUAUGAUAAAUUUUGGGAAUGUCCAGAUAUAUUUAAUAUAACAAAUCGAAUUGUUUUAAAAGCAUCUUUACUUGGACAUGAUUUUUGGACAAUAGGAGAUAUUGAUCCAUAUAAAUUAAUUUUUACACCAUUUAAUCAUGAUCUUGGUGAAUUUAUACAAUUAAUUGAUCAUGGAAAAUUUUAUGCAUCAAAAACAUUUUAUGAUCCAAUUAAUGAUCAACAAAUAAUUAUGGGUUGGACAUCAGAAGAUGAUAAUUUAGGUCCACAACGGGGUUGGCAAGGUUUUCAUACACUUCCACGAACAAUAUUUUUAUCUGACGAUGGACUUGAAUUACGUUUACGUCCAAUUGAAACAUUAAAAACUUUACGUGAUUCUCAAAGUCAUCGAAAUUUUAAUAAUAUUAUUUUACCUUCAGAACUUCCAUUUGAACUUAUACCUGAUAUAAAUGGAAAUCAAAUUGAAAUUCAAAUUAAUUGGCAAUUUCCAAUGAAACAAAAUUUAGAUUUUGGAUUAAUUGUUUUAUCAACACCGGAUGGUAUUCAACGAACAAGUAUUGGUAUUGCUUCAAGAGAUAAUACAAGUGUUAUGACUAAUUGGGAUCUACCUGGAUGGGAUUAUUUUAGUGUACCAAAUAUUUUACAAUCGUCUGAUUGUCAAAUAGCUUGUAAUAAAGACAAAAGAUGUCAAGCAUGGACUUUUGUUAAAGAUCGACAAAUAAAUAAUAAUUGUUUUUUGAAAUCUGGUGUUCCACUUUUAGCAUCAAAUUCAGCUUGUAUAUCAGGUGUAAAACAAAAAGAAAAUAAUGAACAAAUUAUAUGGGUUUAUAUCAAUAGAGCAUUAUCACAAAAGAAUCCGGAAGCUGCACAUGAACCACUUCAUGCACCUUUAUGGUUGGAAACAACAUCGAUUAAUAAUCAAUGGUUUCUUGAAUUAGAUAUUUUUAUUGAUCAUUCAGUUAUCGAAAUAUUUGAACCACAAGGUGGUCGAUUUGCAUUAACAGGCCGUGUUUAUCCAGAAGAAGAAAAUGCAAAUAAUUUAGCUGUUUAUGUUAAUAAUGCUCCGAAUAAUGAUGAAAAUAUAAUCAUUAAUACAAUUGAUAUUUGGAAAUUGAAUUCAAUAUGA